AGCUCCGUAUUUCCGCUCUUCUCGCUGAUCACCAAAAAACUGGAAAAUCGGAAAAAAACAUUCACAAUUGUUUAGCUGCCUUUCUUUUUGAAACCUGAAUGUUCCAAGCUUCUAAAACUUGUCCUAUUACCAAGAAUUUCAAAGUGUGUUUGUGCUAAUUAUUUUUGCGAGUAAGAGAGGAGAGAGACAACUUCUUUUCAUUGCGGAUUGAAGAUUGUUUCUCAAGAUUUGUUGGUUAAAGAUUUUUAUGAGCAAGUGACUGACAGUUAAAUUUUUGCUGCAUAUCGUAACUAGUUGUAAUAAUUGAAGCGGUGGACUUCUUUGAGUUGGGUUUAUGCGGAUCGGGGGGCGCCGACGGGACGGUUAGUGAAGGGAGGCGGAGUUACAAUUGAUCAAUUCCAAAAGUUAUGGCCUUAGUGGCUCCGAUAAGUAACAUAAACGUGAUGAAUCACCCCCACAACUCUCCAAUGUUGGGCGGCGGGAUGGCCCCAACAACAAGAAUGGUCGUGGUGUCGGAUGUUGGGCCCCCACAAUUUCACGGACAAGGUCCCGGUACGAGCGUUUAUCAAGGACAUUCUUCAAUGAUAGUAAGCAAUAAUCAGGGUGGAAACCAGCAACAACAGCAUCACCAGCAAAUGAGUUUACCACAGCAGUUUGGAGUUUCAACUUCGACAACGGCUACUGCUCCAGCACAUUUUGCUGGAGCAUUGUCAAAUAUAAAUGGUUCGUAUGGGGGACAGAGAUCAGUAUCACCAGUGCCUAUGGAGGAGGAUGACGAAUCGCCGCUAACUUCGGCAGAAUUGCAGAUAUUGUCCGGUCUAGAUUGCCGGCAAUAUGGUUUUUUCCUUCCAAAUGCUCCGGAGAAUGCAAAGAAAAAGACACUUAUUCAAAAGGCAAUAAGUCAAAUUGGUCGCAUGCUAAUUGAAGAGCAACGCCAAAAAGAUCAAGAAGAAUCUCCUGAUGCCGCUUUUCCUAUUCCAAUGACCCCAUCGAGUAGUGAAGAGAAGAAAAUUGUAAUUGAACCAAAAACUUAUUGUACACUAGGACACUUUAAUCUAUUACUUGAAGACUACGACAAGGCUUUAUCCGCGUAUCAAAAAUACUACGAUCUAUUACAUGGGGACCAUUACAAGGAUCCCAUGCUUCUCUACGGUUUGGGAAUGUGCUACUUUCACUUUAACGCGUUUGAUCAUGCAAUAAAGAUAUUCCUUCUUCUACUGUAUGUGGAGCCGGGAUUCAUUCGAAGUAAUGAAGUUCACCUGCGUUUAGCUUUGAUACGAAAAAUCCAAGGCGAACUUCCCAGAGCAUUGAAACAUUUUAACGCUGCACUUCGUGAUCAAUCGCCGUCCUCCAUAUCGCCGUCUCAAAUUAAGUUUCAUAUCGCCCAUUUGUAUGAAAUUCUCGACAAGCCGACUUUUGCCAAAGAAAACUACGAGGAAUUAUUGAAAGAGAAAGACUUACUCCCAAGUUUGCGAGCUACUGUUUAUCAACAUUUAGCCUGGAUUACGCACACCUGUGAAGCACUUGGAGAAAAGCCUCAACGUGAACCUUUGGCAAUUCACUAUUUGCAGAAAGCCUUAGAGUCUGAUCCACGUUCUGGACAGGCUUUGUAUCUUCUAGGACGGUGUUUUGCCUCUUGUGGCAAAGUGCACGACGCCUUUUUAGCCUACCGCAAUUCUGUUGACAAAUCAGAAGGGAACGCGGACACUUGGUGCUCUAUCGGAGUUUUGUAUCAACAACAAAACCAGCCCUUAGAUGCUCUCCAGGCGUAUAUCUGUGCCGUACAGCUAGAUAAAUUUCAUGUGUCAGCUUGGACAAACUUGGGUGUGCUGUAUGAAUCUGUGAAUCAGCCCCGUGACGCACUUUCUUGCUACGUUAACGCAGGUCGAGGAUUUCUCACAAAACAUUCUUCUAAAACAAUGAAUCCAAGUCUUCAACAAAGGAUCAAGUUUAUUCAAAGUGGGCUGGCGAAAGCUCCUGUACAAACGGUUAAUGGCAAACCUCGACAUUUGCCUGUUAUUGAGGAGGCGUGGAAUUUGCCCAUUUCUGCGGAAAUGACUGCUAGACAACAGCAACAGCAAUCACAAAGAUAUCAACAUCAACAAAAAGGUGGACUGAAUGGAGCUCAGCUAAACGGUCAGCAAUCAGACUUGCCAGUAAAGAAAUUCAAGAUGGAAGAUCAAGGACAAAAUGGCAAUACUCGACCUGCAGGACUUAGCUCCCAUCAAUUACAAAUUCUCCACACGUUGCAAAGUCACAUGAAUCAAGGAUAUCAGUUGAGUCAACCCCAACAACAACUAUACAAUCAAUUGUCUCAUCAAUAUAGGACAAUGCAACAGCAGCAGCAACAACAAAGACAAAACGUGGUGCAAUCAUCCGCAGACGGCGCUGGCAGAGCCACCGGAUCAUUUUCUUCCCUUCAACAAGGCCACCAAGAUUUGUCAUUCCAUAACCACACCACGAGGUUGACUACGACGACAUCCUCCAUGCCUGGUACAACAACGGAAGUAGACGAUAUUAAAUCACCCCGAAGUGCCCUUAGUGGAAGUCCUCCAUUUUCACCAGUUAGCGAUCAGGAACUUCAAGCUUGGCUUAAUCAGAAAGACCUGGGUGACGAUCUACUCCGUGGAUGUAACGUUGACCUGGACGAGCUUGAACUUAUGGAUGACGACCUCGUCGGUAUGCCAAGCAACAACAAUACUCCAGACAGUAAAGCAGACUCGAGAGUUCGAACCAUCAGUAUGAAUUCCGAUAUCAAUCGACACAGCCCCUCAGAAGAGGAAUACAAAGAAGCCAACAUUACGAUGACGGCUAAGGAACUCCAAGCGCGAUGUAAAACAGAUUUCAAAGAUAUGCGAAAAGUCAUAGUUUGUAAUAUUCUUGGCGAUCAUGCUCCUCCGCCCGCCCCACCUGAGCCACCAGUGACACCAUUGACCGAAGACCAGUUGUAUCCUCAAACACCCAGUGUUUUUGUCGAAAACAAGAAAGAUGCUUUCAGCCCUAUGCUGCAAGAAUUUUGCUUGCAACAUCCCAUCGCAGUAAUUCGAGGAAUAGGGGCAGCAUUAAAACUUGACCUAGGAUUGUUUUCUACAAAAACUUUGGUUGAAGCUCAUCCGGAGCACCCUGUCGAAAUUCGCCACCAGAAUUUCAAAAACUAUGAUGAAAACGUAGACAAUAACGGAAAAGUUUCGUGGGACUGUUUUUCUCGUAGGGCACACUCAACAAUUGGGUGGUAUGCUCAAUACCAAGCAUUAAGUUUCAAAGAAUCUGUGAAGGAGGAAGAGGAUAAAAAUCUAGGAAUUAUGCACAAAGAUUCCGACUCAGAUUCUAAAGAUUCAUCGGGAAACAAGAAAAAGAAAGUUACAAAGGCUCUAAAGUUUGGAACCAAUGUGGAUCUCUCAGACGAACGCAAAUGGAAAGACCAGCUUCAAGAAUUGCAAAAACUGCCUGCAUUUUCAAGAGUCGUUUCUGCAGGAAAUAUGCUCACCCAUGUUGGACACGUUAUUUUGGGAAUGAAUACAGUCCAGUUAUAUAUGAAGGUUCCUGGAAGUCGGACUCCUGGACAUCAAGAAAACAACAAUUUUUGUUCCAUCAACAUGAACAUUGGUCCUGGAGAUUGUGAAUGGUUCGCUGUCCCUGAUGCGUACUGGGGAAAGAUAUAUGAACUGUGCGAAAAGAACAAGAUGGACUAUCUUCAUGGAUCAUGGUGGCCUAAUCUUGACGAUUGUGCCAAGGCUAAGAUUCCCGUGUACCGUUUCACCCAAAAGCCUGGCGAUCUUGUAUGGGUAAAUAGUGGAUGUGUUCACUGGGUACAAGCGAUGGGCUGGUGCAACAACAUUGCCUGGAAUGUUGGACCACUGACUUCUCGUCAGUAUCAACUUGCGAUAGAGAGAUACGAAUGGAACAAAUUGCAAAAAUUCAAAAGCAUUGUUCCGAUGGUGCACUUGUCGUGGAAUUUGGCAAGAAAUAUUUACCCAACCGAUAUCAAAACAUAUGAUCUCAUUAAGAGUGUAUUGAUGAGAACGAUGAUGCAUUGCUUCCGGUUGUUGGAGUUUGUUAAAUCAAAAGGUGUGGAGGUUCAUUUUCAUGGUCGUUCGAAAACUGAUGCGUCACAUUAUUGUGGACAGUGCGACCUGGAAGUCUUUAAUAUCCUCUUCAUCAAAGAGCAAGAAAAACGACAUGUUGUUCACUGCAUAAACUGUGCACUGCAAGCCUCCCCCGAACUAUCUGGCUUCGUAUGCCUGGAAGAGUACGAUUUGACCGACUUGAUGAAAGUCUACGAUGACUUUGUUCUUCACCAUGUUCCUGCAGUGACGGCUGCCUCAUCUUCCUCUGCAUUCACGGUCCACCAAGUUCCUGGACCACCACGUCCUGUCCCAACAAGCUUUUCUGCCACUGUUUCGUCCAAUACGGUGGGGUCGUGACCGUUGUACAUGAUAGAUUGUAAUAAUCAUAGUAAUAGCAGUAGCAGUAUGUAUGUCGAUAAUUUGUAAGAGACGACAAAGAAGGGACAACGGGCGUUGACGAAACCCAGCACUGCCAAAAUGUGAUAACUUUUAUAAUACAUACUAUAAAACUUUACUGUAUGCAGAUGUUAAUUUAAAAAUUAGUGCAUUGAUGAAAUACGAUUGCAAUCUUUACAAAAUAAGAAUAAUAAGUACGACGAUAGGUACGUAAGUAGGUAUAUGUAAAUUUAUUUAUCUAUUUUAUGUUUCCCAAAAAUUAUCUUUGCGAGGACGCCUUUACAGGUAGAUUUGAUCUCAGUUUGUAUUUCUCUCGCAAAUCAGUUCCACCAGAAAGGUAGAUAUAACUCUAAUAAAACAGGCAAACAAUCAUAACAAAGUCCAUUAUGCCUUAACAAAUAGUUCGUCAUGCAAUCCUAUACAAAGUUUUUGUAAAUGAAAUUCUAUGUAUGGAUUUCAAUUUUGUAUUUUCAAUAACAUGAAUUUUAGUGGUUUUGCCAUAAAUACGUCGUUAAAGUUGUUUCUGUGACCAUCAUCUUUCAAUUACAGAGAGAGCAACGAAAAAAUGAAAUUGCAAUAGCGGACCCAGAGAAACAGCUUUUUAUAACUACAUACACUGUGGAAUGAGAGCUUGUCCCGUGAAUAAUAUAAUAAUUAUGUAUGGAUCUGAGAAAAAUUAAGCAUUGUUGAUCGUCAUGCAUUCAAGUGUUCAUUUCUACAAAACCUAAACAAAAUACCUCCACAAUAAAAUGUGUGUGUAGUAGUUAGUUUAUUACCGGGUUUGUUAUAAUUGUCUCGUCGCGCAGUAGAUUUAUACAGUCGUUAUGAAUGCGAAUUUAAUUUUUUAUCACUUUGAUUACUAAAACUAUAUAUGGGUGGUGAAUUGUGAUUAGUUUUACGAGUAAUUAAUUAGUCAAAGCGAAAAACUUGAGUACUUGCGUAAUAAAAAUUUUCAUACCUUUAAAAUAAG